AAUUAAGUAUUCCAUUUAAUUUAUUAGAAUCACUAGACACAAACAACUCUGGUUUUGAAAUGAAGGCUCUUCGAUGGGUUUCUCAUAAGAGUCUUUUUGAAGAAGACUUUUUCUGUGUUAUAGACAAGCUUCUUGAUAUCAAUGAAUUUGAAGGAAAUUUCUAUUGCCAAGUCGAGCAGCUCAUUCAAUUGUCAGAAAUACCUCAAGCUUGUGUUGUGUAUCCUAAUCUUUAUUUCUACUCAGAUAGUAUCUUAAAGCAUCUAGUCAUUCAGACGGGAAUGCAUUCGAAAUUGUUAACGAUUGUAGUUUGCUUCAACAAGUGCUUUAUUAACAGUGUGAGGAAAUCUGAAUUAGAACCAUGUCCUUGUAUCGGUCACUUUUAUCCAUCACAUCUUAGAUCUUUCAUUGCUCUAUUAAGCAUCAGUCCAUCUGAUGUUGAUGAUGUCAGGACACACAUCAAUCGGAUGAGUGAUACUCUCGUUAAUGUUCAGACGAAAGAACGGGAUUGGCAUUCUGAGCUGCAUUGGAUGGUAUUGAAAUUUGGUUGGUGGACAAAUGUUGCUGUUGACAUAAUUAUAACAAUGGGUGAAAUCGACUGCUUUCACGGGGCAGCAGUAUUGCUAGGUAUCUACUUGGACUAUAGGGAUUGGAUAGAGAUAGCAAAAGUCAAACAACUCGUGUCCUUUGUUUUAUUGUGUGUCAAUUGCCAAGAUAAUUAUCAAGACUUUGCUGGAUGUUUGUCAUUGGAUAAAACUGAGCUUCUGUUUGUCCAGCAAUUGAUGUUUCUUGUGUUGUCUUCUCAUCAUUUUUGGACACAAACGAAUGGCAAAGGUGACAAGAUUUGUCAUCUUAUUGAUAUGUUGAAGAAAUUGUUUGAUGGAGAUGGUACCAGCUUGUUGGCAAUGACCUUGGAUGUUGCACGUUGUCAUCUGACUCGGUGUCCGUCUGGUUUGCAUGAAUCUGGUACAUGUAUUCAACAUCAAGCUUCAUGUCGAUCUCUUGUACGUUUUGUCAAGAUGUUGCAGAAAUGCAUAGUUGACGAGCUACACAGAAAUCAAGCAGAAAGCAAACUUAAAACUGAGACUGCUAUGGCAUCUCUUUUGGCUGAUAUUUCAAAAUUUGUUGAACGGAUGUCUAUUUCUACAGGCUCUGUUUUGUAGCCUAAGGGCAGUCAUGACUCUGACGUUAUCAAAUUGCAAAUUGAUGCAAUUUGAGUUUUGCCUUUUGGCUGAUAGGACAUAUUGGUUGUAUUUUGUAUAAACCAAUCU